CAAAAAUGGUUCCUACUUAGUUUUCAAUACAAGCAAUCAAAGUGUGCACAACUUUGGGCGUUGAAUAUGGUCCAGAUAAAGCGCUGAGAGAAUGAAAACGGACGAAAUGGAGGCGUGUGCGGAAUCCGGACGCAAACUGCGCUCAAUAUGCAGGAGGAUGUACGAUGAAAACGACGAUUUAUCAGACGUUGAAGAGAUCGCGAACAUCAGAGGCUUCAACGUGGAAGAUAAACUUGAGAGCCAUUUAUACAACAGCGAUUUGGUUCAGCAUAUGGACGGAAAAGAUUUCACCUUUGAAUAUGUUCAAAGGGAGGCACUCAGAACCCCUCUCAUAUUUAAGGCCAAAGAUGGACUAGGAAUUAGAAUGCCGGAUCCUGAAUUUACUGUAAGUGAGAUCAAGGGUUUGAUUGGCAGUCGCCGUGCUGUCGAUGUGAUGGAUGUUAGCACGCAGAAAGGUUCUGAGAUGAGCAUGGCUCAGUUUGUCCGUUACUAUGAGACGCCUGAGGGGGAACGUGACAAGCUGUUUAAUGUUAUCAGCCUGGAGUUUAGUCACACCAAACUGGAGAAUCUGAUCAAGAGACCCACGGUGGUGGAUCUGGUGGACUGGGUUGACAACAUGUGGCCGCGGCACCUUAAGCAUAGACAAACAGAAGCCACAAAUGUCAUGUCUGAGAUGAAAUAUCCCAAAGUUCAGAGGUACUGUCUGAUGAGUGUUAAAGGCUGUUUCACUGACUUCCACAUAGACUUCGGUGGCACAUCAGUAUGGUAUCAUGUCUUUAAAGGAAAGAAGGUAUUCUGGCUGAUUCCUCCGAGCCCACACAAUCUGUCUCUUUACGAGGACUGGGUGCUGUCUGGUAAACAGAGCGAUAUCUUCCUGGGUGACCGUGCAGAUGGCUGCCAGCGAAUAGAGCUGCAACAGGGCUUUACCUUCUUUAUCCCAUCAGGUUGGAUUCAUGCUGUGUACACUCCAGAGGACACCUUGGUGUUUGGUGGGAAUAUUCUGCACAGUUUUAACAUUCCCAUGCAACUUGCUGUGUACGAAAUUGAAAACAGGACAAAGGUGCACUCCAAAUUUCGCUACCCUUUCUUCUAUGAGAUGUGUUGGUAUGUGCUGGAGAGGUACGUGAACUGCCUGACCAGACGUUCGCACCUUAGCCUGGACCUUCGUCGGGAGUCUCUUCAUACGGCUGAACCCACGCUUCUAAUGGACCACCCCAUCUCAGACACCCGGAUGGACACGGAAGAGGACUCAUGUGAGACCCAGUUAGAGAAGACAGAGGGGACGACUCGGCCCUCUACAGCUCUUCCCUGCAAGACCAUUAAACUCCCACAGGCCAAUGAUUCUGAAGACAGCCUAAAGUCCCUCCUCUCAGAAUGUCCAAAGACUCCUUCUGGAUCACCUGUGAUGGAGCAAUCUGGAAAGUGGACUCACUUAACAGAUUAUGAGCUGAGCGGACUCAAGGCGCUGGUGGAGAAGCUGGAAUCCCUACCAGAGACGAGGAAAUGUGUUCCAGAAGGCAUUGACGACCCACAAGCGCUGCUGGAUGACGUGAAGGUUGUCUUGAAGGAGCACGCUGAUGACAAUCCAAAGCUGGCCAUCACUGGUUGUCCUAUUGUAUGUUGGCCGAAGGACGCAGACAAGCCACGGCCGCUUAAUCGAACAAAAUCCAAGAUUGGCUCGUCUCCAUCCGCUGGUCCAGGUGGUGGAGUGAAGCUUUCGUCCAGUCGCAGUGCAUCUAAUGCCCGACGCAGGCGGACGCGCUGCAGGAAGUGCGAGGCCUGUACGCGCAAGGAGUGUGGGGAGUGCCACUUCUGCAAGGAUAUGAAGAAGUUUGGAGGACCAGGCCGUAUGAAGCAGUCCUGCAUCAAGAGACAAUGCAUAGCGCCCAUUCUGCCACACACAGCAGUGUGUUCGGUGUGCGGUGAGAUUGGGAAAGAAGAUACGGUAGAGAAAGAGGAAGAAAAGUACACCAUGAUGCUCAUGGAAUGCUCCAUCUGCAAUGAGAUUAUCCAUCCAGCAUGUCUAAAGGAGAUGGCCGCUGGCGGUGUUGUGAAUGAUGAGUUGCCAAAUUGCUGGGAGUGUCCGAAAUGCAAUCAUGCCGGAAAGACAGGGAAACAAAAACGAGGACCAGGUUUUAAGUUUGCGUCCAAUCUUCCUGGCUCUCUUCUCAAAGAGCAGCGAAUGAACCGUGACAUCAAGGAAGAGCCAGACUCAAACAUGUCCACAGAGUCGAACACCUCUACAGUUUCUCCUGCCACAAAGAAGCCAGAACGAGAGGACAGCGUGACCUGCAAAUCAGAGGGCAUGUUUAAGAAACGCUCCUUAGAUGCCCCUUCAGAAAGUCCACUGAAAACCAAAUCGGAGGACAACCCGCUACGCAAGAAGAGGAAACUGUUUGACAGGGACUCAGAUUCAGAUACAAAUAUCAAGAAAAAGAAGAAGAGUUCAAGGCCAGAUGUUCUGGUGACCUCUAAGCUCCUGCGACAAAUCAAGACAGAGAAAGAGGAUGACGUGGAGUGUGACGAGGUUAACAGACAGGAAAUGGAAAGGAGACCCUUUAGAUUCGUGCCCUCCGAGGAGGAAGACGGAGAUGAUGAAAGGGAGGAGGAAGAGGAGACCAAGAAUCAGAAGAGUAGCGGAGCAGAAAACGGGAAACUUCCCAGCCAUUUGCGCAGGACUUCAGCUGUACGAGACAGUGACCGAUCGCAGGGCGGUUCCCCACGGGCGGGGCCCAGCAGCGAUUUGGGCAGUGACGCGCAGGUGAGGAGUCACCGAAAACCCAGACGUAAGCCUCGCUUGCCCAACAAAGAACUGAGCAAGGAACUGAGCAAACAGCUCAACCUAGAGAUUCAAAAGACAGAGGACCGGUUGGCCCAUCAGAAUGGUCAGACGAUGAAGGUGGAACCGGGCAGCGAUGGAGAGGACUAUAAGCCACAAAAUAAUGGCAGAACCCAUCUGAGAGACUGGCUGACACCUAAACGUGAACGUAACAGAUCCCCUCGAAACAAAUCCCCGGUGAGUUUGACCAGGACCACGCCAACAACUGCCAUUAGGCCGACGCCUUGCUGUUCUCCGCCAAAAUGCGUUCAGAUGGAGCGUCACGUGAUUCGACCCCCUCCGAUCAGCCCCCCGCCUGACCGGCUACCUCUGGAUGAUGGAAACAACCAUGUCAUGCAGCGGGAAGUGUGGAUGGCGGUGUUCGGCCACCUAAUUCACCGGGACCUGUGCGUCUGCAUGCAGGUCUGCAAGACCUGGAACAGGUGGUGUUGUGAUAAAAGACUGUGGACCAAGAUCGAUCUAAACCGAUGCAAGUCUAUCACUCCCCUCCUGCUGAGCGGCAUCAUCCGCAGACAGCCCGUCUCUCUGGACCUGAGCUGGACCAACAUCUCCAAGAAACAGCUCAGCUGGCUUAUAAACAGAUUACCUGGUCUGAGGGUCCUUUUGCUGGCAGGGUGUUCGUGGGCUGCCGUUUCAGCUUUAUGCACAUCCAGCUGUCCUUUGCUACGUUCUCUAGAUGUGCAGUGGGUUGAGGGACUGAAGGACAACCAGAUACAAGACUUACUUUCCACUCCAACAGACAACAGACCAGGUCAGCUGGACAGUAGGAGUAAACUGAGGAACGUGGAGGAUCUCUGUCUAGCUGGUCUGGACAUCACAGACACGUCCCUUAAGCUAAUCAUAAGACACAUGCCCUCACUGUCCCGACUGGACCUAAGUUACUGUAAUCACAUUACUGACCAGAGCGUCAACAUCCUUACGGCAGCUGGCACCACGACCAGAGACUCUCUCACGCACAUCAACCUGUCAGUUUGUAACAGAGUUACAGACCUAUCGCUGACAUACUUUAAACGUUGUGGAAAUAUUUGUCACAUCGACCUGCGCGACUGCAAACAGGUGGCCAAAGAGGGUUGCGAGCAGUUCAUCGCGGAGAUGUCUGUCAGCGUGCAGUUUGGACUGAUCGAGGAAAAACUACUGAGCAAACUGAGCUAGUCAACAAAGACACUGACAAUAACUUGACGAACCCAGGGAACAAACAAUUUUUGCCCCUUAUUUUCUACACUUUACACAUGAGAUGUGUGAAGGCAACAAGACACUCAACUGAAAACCAACAAGUGAAAAUGACUUACUUCAGAAAAACUUACUUCAAGCAAAUGGAUGAACUCACAGAUGCUUGAGUUCACAGACACAGAAAUGUAUUCAUCUUAUUUGGCCGUUUCAGCCUUUCACUUUUAUAUUUAUGUUGACUUUACAAGGCACAUCCAAAAGAGUGUGCCAACAUUACAGUGGCACUGAAAGUCAUGUUAACCCAUAUUUCGCAAAAAAAUAUAUAAAAAAGGUUUAAAGUCACACUAUCGCAGUGACGAAGCUGACUGUUUUUUCUUUAUUGGAAAAGGAAAACUGAUGCAUGUGCUUUUUUGUUACCAGGCAAACGUUAAGCAUCAUGCAGUAUUCAUUUUUGUAUCAGAAUGGAUUUCACUCUUUAUGUGCAGUAUUAAAUGCACUCAUACACAUAUAUAGAUUUAUUGACAGUAUUACGUCAGCACCAAGUACAAAGACUAUUUUUUUCUACACUGUAGGAAGUUAAGAUUCAUAUCGAUUCUAGUUGGUAACUGUGCAGAUGUUUUUGUAAUGUUAAUUUAAGUUUUGAUGUCCUCUUUUGUCGUCUUCAGGUACUUUCUCUUGCUCAAACAUCUAUAUUUGGCUUCUUUCAUUUUGUAUAUAUCUGGGGAAAAACGUAUUUGCACUGUUUUACCUUAAUAAAUUCUGAUAUUUUUCCAGCGUU